AUGUCGUGUGGAGAAAAUAAACAAAGAAAAAACGCAGCACUCCCCCACCCCAUUUCUCUCUCCCCUCUCGCUUUCUCCCUCCCAUUUUCGUCCUGCCGGCCAACAUCAGCACCGGCGAGGUACCGUCAGCCUUCCCCCGUGCCGGAACAACUACCAGGCGACGGCAGCAGCGAGCAAGAGACAACAGAAAGAGAGAGAAGGAGAGAGGAAAAAGAGGAGAGAGGGAGAGCGUGCGACAGGGGCCCGACUUCGCGGCGUCGCCCCGGCAGACUCCCGCGGCCAUUUCCGGUGAUUUCAAGUGCCACGGACUCCCAAGAUGAUGAACUUCCAGAUGAGACCAGUGGCACCUCGUUUGGUGGCCGGAGGAAAGAGAACCGGCGAGGGAAAGUUGGAAGAAAAUUAUAUGGGUUUCUCGGUUUUCGGUCACUUUUUCGGCGAUUCGACCGUUGGAUCGGAAAUCCGAGGCCACUGAUGGACUCAGGACGACGAGAUCUUCGAGAUAGGACUGGUCCCGCUCUGAUCGGACACCGUUUGAAAAAGGCGAUAAUCGGACGGUCUAGAUCGCUUGGUGCGAUCGGAGCGAGGAUAGCUCACCGGUGUCGGGACUGCAUUUUCAGCCAGAUCCGGCUGCCCGACAGCCCGUCUCAGAACGUGGUCAAUAUUACAGUCAAUCCUAGCAUUUUCAGACGUUCUUAACGCAUUCCA